AUGAAGUUCAUAAUUUCAAAAUCCUAAGUCUGAACUUGCAUAAUACUGUGAUUAUUCGUACUCCAGAAAUAAUAAUAAGAUUCGGGUGACAGUAUUAGCGCUAAGUAUCGUUAAUUAUGUUAACCAAAACGGUAAUUUAGACGUAUUAGGAUGUACCACCUCACGAAAUUGUAGGUUCCCUCUCUAUUUUACUUCCGUAUAUAAAAGUAAUGAAACGCAUUUUGUGUGUGAUUUGCAAGAAUCAAGUCUAGUUGCGGAUUCAUCGGAGGCUAAUAUCGCGAUAAAAAAAAAUUAAAAAGUAACAAAAUCAGAGAUAACAAGGAUGAAAGGCGAUGGUAUCUUUCUCAUUUCGUUCGUGCUUAUAAUGAUUCUUCAUAAUGUCGAAAGUAAAAGAAUGUCUUUCGAAGAAAUAAAAGAGGCUCUACAACCGAUAAAGAAAAUUUGCAUUGAUAGGGUGAAAGUAGAUCCAAAGCUGAUCGAAAAUGCAAACAAAGGUAAUUUUGUACCUGAUCGAAAAUUGCAGUGUUAUUUUAAGUGUAUGAUGUUAAUGACAAAGGUGAUGAAAAAUGACAAAAUAGUUGAACAAGCACUUGUACAAAUUGCGGAAAUUAUGUUAUUGGAAGAACUUUUGGAUCCUGUAAUGAAAGCAAUAUCAAAUUGUCGUGACACUACAUUAAAACCAAUGGAAGGCUGUGAAUUAGCAUAUGAAGUAACCAAAUGUUACUAUAAUUAUGAUCCAACGCUUCGCUUUUAUCCAUGAAGAUAUAUCUCUCAAUGGAUUCUCCAUUUGGAUAAUUACUAUUUUGAUUCAUGUUAGCCAUGUGAAGAGACUACGUCAGUUCAAUUAUACAUAACUAUGGAAACGACGAAUCAUCAAAUAUAUAAA